AUGUCGUCGCUAACUCAAUGGAAGGAGCGACAGCAGCAGUGCGCCGAGCAGGUGGAUCUGCAAGCGCUGCUGACUAACAUUCGCGCCUCGCUUCGCUCACAAGGCCUUGUUGCGUGGGUGAACAUGAGUCUGGCGCUGGAGAAGGCGCAGAGCGAAAGCGGUGGAGUCACCAACGGCGUGCUCAAGCGCUUACUGAAUGACUCUCGGGUGUCGACUUCGGACGUGGAUGCACGAGCUCUAGUUCAGAGGGUCAAUCAAAACGCUGAAGAAGACGGCAGAGUGACAGCCGACGCCGUGAGAAAUCUCAUCUUCGGGGCUUUGUCCGGUAGGAAACUGGAAUUCGUACAAUCGGCAUUCGAAGCACUGGAUCGUAAGGGAGUUGGAUAUCUCGCUCUUCAAGACGUGCUAGCUGCACACGAUGCCGGACGACACCCGGCUGUUAUGUUCGGUGAGCAGACAACUGAGCAAGCGGCUCGAGAAUUCCAGACCUCAUUCAUGACUGCUGCACGUCGGACGGGAACCGCGUUUGUGAGCUGGGCUCAGUGGCUCACGUAUUUCCAGUGCGUGGCUGCACAAGCACCCAGCGACGAGUACUUUGAACUGCUGAUGAAGCGUGUAUGGCGUGCCGACAUGCGGCGAUCUCUCCAAGAAGCUGCCGGGGCUGCAGACCUCAAUGCGCGAAUGGACUCGAUCCCACCACCACCGACCCCAGCGUCGGUAGUCCCGGUCUCGCUAUAUCAGGCACUUCAACAGAACCAAGGAACUAGCAGCAAAGCGAAAGUAGUUCUAUCCAUUUCCACAUCGGCAUCCCCACGAGAACAGCACCGUUCCAGCAGCUUGAUACUAUCGCCAAUGGAUCCUGAUGCUUCACCUCGAGGAGCGGCUGUUCGUUCUACCAACGAAUUUCUCAAAGGCUCUCAACUCGCUGCUUGCCUCACUGAAGUCACGUCACCGCCAAGUACUCGCUCGGGGGCUGCUGGGCCAUCCGUUGAGACACUUGAUCCUGGAGCGGCUUCGGUACUACGAAAAGUGCAGACUGGCCUUCGUGCUCGAGGAAUCCAGGCACUUGUAGAGCUUGGACGUUGUCUACGGCUCAGUGAUGCAGACGGCAAUGGAAAACUUACACUAGGCGAGUUUCGCCGUGCUCUUCAGAGCUCACACGAAGCUACAAGUCCAACAACUGUGAACAACCCACCACUCAGCGAUGCCGAUCUUCGCGGGAUCUUCCUUCACUUAGAUGUCGACAGAAUGGGGAUUGUGCCGGUAGAGGCGGCGUUAGAUUUGGUACGCGGGACCAUGAGCUCUCGUCGAUUGCGUCACGUUCAUGCAGCGUACCAAACCUUAGCACGAGAGACUGGAGCAUCUUUCCUAGCUGCCUGUGACGUAGUUCAGCGAUACGAUGCCAGUCGACACCCAGACGUCAUUGCACAGCGCAAAAGCGAAGAGCAAUGCUUUCGCGAGUUCGUUGAGAAUUUUGACAUGGACGAGAACAGUGGGGAAGGUGCUGGCAACAUCUUGCCUCGACAAUGGGAAGCCUACUACCACAACGUAAGUUUCCUUGUCCCCGACGACGAUCUGUUCGAACUCAUCGUGCGUAAUACGUGGCACUUGCCGUCCACUGGUGAUCCAGCCCACAAGAGCCGUGCACCCCCGCCAGUCCACAUCGAAAGUCCGCUUGGAAGUGCUUUUGCUGGAAAUUCAAUACGUCACCUCACUCCGACUAACGUUAAUGGCGAGGUCACGUGGCGCGGAAAACGCAGCUUCGGGACAGGAAUGGCGAGUCAACAGGCUUUUGCAAUUCUCCAGCCAGAUGUGGUUGACCGUUUGCCAGUGUCAGGUGUUGUUAGUCCUUCGAGUGCCAUGAAUCUGGCGCCACCCGGAUCUCCCGGUGCCGCUAACAAGCAGUCUAAGGAACUACGUCGUAUGAUUCAUUCUCUCCGCUGUGAGCUGAAAGAGCGAGGCCUUGGAGGGUUUAUCGCACUACAGCAGCAACUUCGACGUGCAGCCGGACGGUCAGAUGAGUAUUACGGCGAUGAACUCAACGACGGGAACAUCGGAUUUCACGACUUUGUUCGUGCUCUCAAGAGCAGUGGAGUACAUGUCACUGGACGAGACGCACAAAGCUUGUUUUUUCAUUUCGACAGCAACCACGACGGCACCAUGAGCGUAACUGAGUUCCUCACUGGUGUUCGUGAGCCCAUGAACACUCAGCGUCAGCUUGUGGUUCGUAUGGCAUUCGACGCCCUCGAUCGCUUGGGUAGUGGCGAUCUUGCUGCCGCUGCUAUCGCUGAUGCAUUUGAUGCCAGACGGCUACCCGAAGUCACGUCGGGCCGGAAGACUGAAUGUGAGGCGCAUGCAGAGUUUCUCGACACGUUUGGCCUCGUUACUGAAUGUCAGCGCCAACGUCGUGUCAACUUCGAUGUGUGGGAACGUUAUUACGCUAAUGUGAGUGCUGCGGUAGACGAAGACGAACAGUUUGAGCUAAUGCUGCGCAAUUCCUGGCACUUGGGGCCUAGCACCGGUGGGCGGGUAGCCAGAGCUGCGCCGGGUGAAAAGAUUCGAGGAAUUCAUCGACAAGAUCCUGGACGCUCUAGCGUACACGAAAUUCUGGAUCAUACAGCUGCGUAUACCAGCAACCCCACUUUAUCCAGUUCUGGCUCGAGCCCAAGUAUGACACUGCGACGAGCGAAGAACAAUGUGAGCAGCUGCAUUGCUGCUUGUCUCGGUAACGCUCCGUCAACACAACCGCCUAUCGAGACCUCUGGGUUGGCCUCUCCCGGAAGCCGUGAGUUCCACUUACACCCUGCAGGAGUGCAAGCCAUACUAUCCCGACUGAAACAAGUGCUGCAAGCUCAGGGAGCAUCAGGCUUCUGCACUCUGAAUCGGCGUCUACGGGCAGCUCGAGGCAAUGCCAUGAAUCUGCAGGAUCUUCGUACCGCGGCUGCUGACUGCGAGUUGACUCUGCCUGGAGGUCUCACAGACGCCGAUCUGCGUCUAAUGUUCCAGUAUUUGGAUAACGAUGGCGAUGGACGAAUCGCACCGGAUGAAUUGAUUAAUAUCGUGCGACCUGCACUAACAGGACGUCGACUCGAGUGUGUUCGAGAGGCUUUCGCGAAAUUAGCGAAAGUGAAAAGCAUUCGCGACGUGGAGAAAGCCUCGCUGGAACCUAGCGACGUUGUGGAACAGUUCGAUGCAAGUGCACAUCCCGACGUAGUGGCAGGUCGACGAGGAGUUGAUCUCGUCUGUCGGGAAUUCCUUGAAUCCUUCGACAUCGAUGGUAGCGCUCAGGACGGGAAGGUGACGUGGGAGCAAUGGCGAGGAUAUUACCAUAACGUAAGCGCCAGUAUCCCUUCGCACAGGGAAUUCGAGGAGAUGGUAUGCAGUGUAUGGCACCUCGAUGGCAGUGAUAUCAAGUCCGAUGCCGACGUUGAACCACCAGCUCCACCUCAACAACAAGAUAACCAACCAGCGGCAGGGGCUCGAACGGCAUUCGCAACGACGGAGGCUCCUGUGCAGUCGGUCAAGGAGAGGAAAAUAUUGUCGCUUAAAGAGGUUGCUGCCGGUACUGCAAUGAUUGACGCAAAUCGGUUGACAACGUCGAGAGGACCACCCCUUGGUGUUGAAGCUGUGCCAACCUACGCCGGGGACUCGGUUCUUCACGCCAUCCGGUAUCGUAUCCGACAGAGUAACUCAUUGGCCAACGUCGUGCAGCUUCGUACUCGACUCAAUCAAUCGACUGAUCCUCGAACGGGCAUCAUCACGAGUGCUCGUUGCUGUGAAGCCUUAAACGCCGCUCUGGGUAUCUCUCUGGGCGAGUUGCAAGGCCACACCCUGUUCGAGCACCUCUCCAAUUUCUCCCAAUCUAACGGCAAUGGUAGCACUACUAAUGGACGUUUCCCUCAUGAGCACCGAGUCAAUGGCCUUCCGUUGAGACUGAUUCUCGACUGUCUACUGGAGCGACUCAGUCCCGCGAGUCUUGCUAGUGCCACAAAGGUGUAUACAGCGUUGCAGUCGUCGGGCAAUGGUCGCGUGUUUCCUGCAGCUUUGGCGUCGAGUUUCCAGGCUGUUAAACACCCAGACGUCGUGCUGGGGCGCUGUUCGGCAGCGCAGAUUUUCCAAGACUUUGCUCUCAGCUUCGAGGUCGCGGGAGGAAACGGUGUUGUGACGUUCCAACACUUUGAGACCUACUGCGUGAACUUGCGUGCUACACUCGGCAGUGAGGAACUGCUGCAGCUGGUGCUGCGUGAUUGCUUUUAA